CUUUGUUUUGACAAUUGCUCUAUAAAUAAAGUUUUUAUUAUUAUGUAGUUUAUCCGCGUGUGUUUUUACACUGUGAAGUGGCAGGAAGUCCUUCUGCGAUGGUCGCGCAGUAAGAACCGGCCCGGAGUGAUGCCUCUUCCUCCUCGGGCGCGGGCUAGACGAUCUUUGGGCGUAAGCUCUCCGGAUAAAGAUAGAAAAACGGCGAGCAUGCGCCCUGAGGGGGUCGUCGAAGAAUCCAGUAAAUAGAACACUCGGAGCACGAGCCGAGUGUCGGCGCUGACGUCACGGCCCUACACCGAGAGCUCGAGCUGAAUUGUAAGCGCGAGCUUAGACGGAGGCGCGCCGCGGCGAAGGACACAACUACGAUGAGCUCCGCUCGGUGCGACUCUGCUGCUUUCUGACGGAAAAUACAACUCGUUUUUUUUUUUUUAUUUUUUUUAUUUAUUUUUAAUUGUUGGUUAUUUCUUCCUUCCAGCAACGUAAACAACCCGACGGACAUUUUGGGGAGAGUUUUUUUUUUUUUUCGCACUCGCUUUGGGGUUUACAACAUGUCCUCCGCGGCGGUCGCUGCCUCCCGAAGGCAGUCCUGCUAUUUGUGCGACCUGCCCCGCAUGCCGUGGGCGAUGAUCUGGGAUUUUACCGAGCCCGUUUGCCGCGGAUGCGUCAACUACGAGGGGGCCGACCGGAUUGAAUUUGUUAUCGAGACCGCCCGGCAGCUGAAGAGAGCGCACGGCUUCCAGGACGGCCGCUCUCCGGGCCCGGGGAAGUCCCAGCACGCCGGGAAGGAGCUCAACCACUCGGCCGGAGACCCGGGCUCCCGCCCGCCGCAGCCUCUGGACCGCUACCCGCUGUUUGACCGGCCGCCCCGGCUGGGACCGGAGUGCCAGGCAGGGAGGCAGGCAAACGGCCUCCAAAUGCCAAACGGAUUUCCAAAACCCGACGAGCCUCCGGAGCUGAACCGCCAAAGCCCAAACCCCCGCAGGAUUAGCACGGUCCCUCCCAACCUGGUGCCUCUGGUGAACGGCGGCAUACCCACCAUACAUCCGCUCAACGGUCGCCCGGCUCAGAUGGGUCUGCCCGGGGUUCUGGCCGCGCCUGGCCACGGGGAGCACGGCAAGCGUCCGGAGGAGCUGAAAGACAAGCACAGGCCGGACAGCCUGUCGGACAUGUCGGACAGCCACAAGGAGUGGAUAGGCAAAGGCAAAACAGUCAGGGACCUGAUGCACACUUUCGACAGCAGGUUUAAGAAGGACCACGCCGCCAUGCAGCGGGUGAUGGGAUACGAAACGAGCGCCACUUCCUCAAAAACAGACAGGGGGAAGCACCCGCGGAGCAUGAAGAGGAAGGCCUCCCCGGAGCCAGAUGGCGAGGGCAGCGGCGCCAAGAUGAACGGUGGCGAGGGCCAGCCGUGGCACCCGUCGCCCUCUGAGGUGCUGAAGAUGCCCCCGGCCGCCCUGGCGGGCUUCUCUGCCGCCCCGCCGUCCACCAUCUCCCCCCACUCCCGCACCACGCCCCCCGAGGCCGCCACAGCGCAGAACGGCCAGUCCCCCAUGGCUGCGCUCAUCCUCGCCACCGAUAACGCAGGCAGCACGGGCUCGCCUAAGGACGCCAACCAGGUACACUCCACCACGGCGGGCGCGCGGCGGAACAGCGGCAGCCCCCUGUCGCCGUCCUCGGCCUCUCAGAGGAGGCUGGCCCAGAGGGAGGGGCCCGCGGGCGCCAACCCUUCUGCGCUACACGCGCCCGGCAGCAUGGACCCCCACGCGCCGCCACCACAGAGCAUUCCGGACUCUUCCGUGCCCCCGGGCAGCGUGCCGCUGUGCUGCACCCUGUGCCACGAGCGGCUGGAGGACACUCACUUCGUCCAGUGCCCGUCGGUGCCCUCGCACAAGUUCUGCUUCCCCUGCUCCCGGGAGAGCAUCAAGCAGCAGGGCGCCACCGGCGAGGUGUACUGCCCCAGCGGCGAGCGGUGCCCGCUGGUCGGCUCCAACGUGCCCUGGGCCUUCAUGCAGGGGGAAAUAGCCACCAUCUUGGCCGGGGACAUAAAGGUAAAAAAGGAGAGAGACCCUUAAAAUGUUCACCAGCUGUUUUUUUUUUUUUUUUGUUUUUUUGUUUUUUCUUGAACCUCUUUCCCUUUUUUGUAAUCCGACUACGGCAACAACAACAGGACAUAAAGUAACACGCACACACCCAAAUAUAAAUCAUCCAGCAGCAAGCCCCAGAGAAACCAACGGACAUGUGUACAUACUGGACACAAGGGAAGUGUAUACUUCGUAAACAUGGCUGUAUAAUUUUUUUUUUUUUUUUUUUCAAUACAUUGUGUUUCUAUAAUUUUGAAGAUGAAAAGGUAUGUACUACUCAUAACAACCCCCACCCCCACCCUCCUCCUCCUCCUCCUCCUCCUCCAUCACACUUGUUUCUUUUCAAUCUAUUGGUGUACUUUAGGUCUGGAGACGGUCCUGUCAAACAUAGAAUGUGACUAAUCUGAGCACUUGGCAAAAAAAAUAAAUAAAUAAAUAAACAAAAACAAACAACAACAAAAAAAGCUUCUAGCUGUACAUGUAUGCACUUGUUUUAAGAUAAAAAAAAAAAAAACAAAAAAAAAAACUUGCCAAAUACAGUUUCAGACCUUGUAAUAAUA